AUGCUGCCCGACCGAGGCUUUACGCUGGCGCACCAAAAGGUCGCGCUAGAGCUUGCUUUUCGUGGUGUGGCUGCUGGGUAUACGGAGCUUACCAUUAACCCCACAUCUGCGGCGCUGCGGCACAUUUACCUCAAUGCGCGCCGUGCAAAAAUAGCGCGCGUCGAUUGCAACGGCCACCAAGCUUCGUUUGAAUACUUGGACACGCUUGCGUCGCAUGCUAUGACAGAUGUACAUGCGUAUCCACACGUAAAGCGUGCGAUAUACUCGUCUAUGAGCCAGAUGGCGCAAGGAGAGCUGUGCAUUCAGCUUCCCGACGCCGUGCGCCCAGAAGUGCUUCACGGCGAGCAGGGCGGCGAAGAGGGGUUUGCGCCGAUCGUCGUCCAUAUUGACUACAUGGUGGACGAUGUGCACGAAGCGAUGCAAACCGUGCUUCCGACUAACGAUGCGCCUUAUCGCGUGCCCCACAUGUAUACGCGUCCCACUGGGCCGGACAGUGCGCGGUGUUGGGUUCCUUGUGUAGAUACGCUCUGGGAUCGGUGUACUUGGGAGCUCGAAUUUGUCGUGCCGCGACGCAUCGAUACGACAGAUGAUGCGCUGCGCACCGCAGCGCUUGAUCCAGACGAGGAAGAGGAGGAAGAGGCGCGUGGGACGCAAGUCUACGUCAUCUGCUCGGGCGAACUUACCGAGCACGCCGUACACCCUCACAACCCCGAAAAGUCUAUCUUUUACUAUACGCAGGCAGUCGCGACCUCUGUGCAGCACAUUGCAUUUUGCGCGGGGCCGUUUGUCCUGGAACGCAUUUCGCCCAAGAACACAGAUGCGGACACAUGCGAAGUGCUCGCAUUUUGUUUGCCGGAGCAUGAGCAUGAGCUGCGCAAUACAGUUGGCUUCACAUGGCAAGCCAUCGAGUACAUAUCGAGCGAGUACGGCUCGUUUCCGUUCAACUCGUUCAAGAUGGUGUUUGUGGACAAUACGCUGGUCGAUUGCAAUACGGCCUCGACGCUGGCCGUGUGCUCCAGUGAUUUGCUGCAUCCUGCUUCGGUGAUCGAUCAAGCAUUUGAGAACCGCCAUAUUUUGAGCAAUGCCGUCGCGUUCCAGUGGGUGGGGAUCAACAUUAUUCAAAAGACGUGGGCAGAUACAUGGCUAAUUCAUGGCCUUAGCCAGCACCUCGCCUCCAUGUUCCUCCGGCGCUUGCUUGGGAAUAAUGAUUACCGCUUUCGCAUGAAGAAAGACUGCGAUCGUCUGUGUGCAUGGGACAUUGGGAUGCCGCCGCUGUACCAGGUGGGGCGAGACGAGCCGCCGGACGAGCAGCUGCUUCCAUUUUUCAAUUUAAAGGCACCGCUCGUGCUCUACCUCUUGGACAGACGCCUGUGUAAAAUGGGCGCUUCUUUGGGUCUCGGACGUGUUAUCCCAAAAGUGUUCCUUCAAGCAAUCACAGGGGAAAUGAGCAACAUUGCGCUGGGCACGCACGGAUUCUUGCGCACUUGCAAAAAGGUGAGCGGCGCCGAUCUGCGCCUCUUUGUUGACCAAUGGAUCAAUGGCAGCGGAUGCCCCAGGUUCAUCUGCACUGCCACCUUCAACCGCAAGAAGCUCUUGAUAGAAAUGCAUGUGCGGCAGGAAUCGCCCGCGUACAUCUAUGCGCAGCAGUCACCCGAAAACGCGCUUCUGUCUAACCCAGUGCCGCUGUGGGAAGGGCAAAUGACUGUGCGGAUUCACGAGGCGGAUGGCACGCCGUACGAACACGUGUUAGAUAUCAAGAACGAGCACCAGCGCUACGACGUGCCUUUCAAUACAAAGUACAAACGUGUGCGCCGCAAUACCAAACGUUUUCAAGCGCGCCAAGCGGCGGCAGCAGCAGCAGCAGCAGGCGACGAAGACGCUGCAGAGGCCAUCGGCAUGAUCGACCUGGGCUUUGGACUGGGCAUGUGGGAAGACGAGGAAGAGCGCAAACGGUGGAAGGUCGCAGACUGGACCGAGGAGGACGAGGCAAUCAUGGCCACCGCACCGUACGAAUGGAUCCGGCUGGACGCCGAUUUUGAAUGGAUGGCACAAAUCCAAUUCGAGCAGCCAGACUACAUGUGGGUUUCGCAACUUCAGCGCGAUCGCGAUGUAGUUGCACAGCUCACUGCCGUCACUGCACUCAGCCAAAUGCCGAGCUUGAUUACAAGCAGUAUGCUUACGCGUACCGUGCUGGUGACCAAAUACUUUUAUCGGAUUCGUGCCGAAGCUGCACUCGGUCUUGCAAACUGUGCCCUUCCGCACUUGGAGCUCCUAGGCCUCUUCCACCUUUUGAUGCUCUUCCGCACAAGCUACUGCUUUGAUUUGCCGUAUGGGCCGGGCAACACUGCGCUUGAUGCACCGUGCAUUCCAAAGCCCAACGAUUACAGCGACAAGGCGGAUUACUUUGUGCGCCGCGCAUUGAUCCAUGCCAUCGCGCGUGUUCGCGACCAGCACGGAAAGGUGCUUCCAAUUGUACAGCGCUUCUUGAUCAACCUGUUGAAAUACAACGACAACUCCACGAACAAGUUUGUGGACGACUAUUAUGUCGCGAGCAUUAUUAAUGCGCUGGCAAGUGCACUGAUUCCUGCUGACAUCGGUACGCUUUCUGUGCGCACGCCAGGCGUAGACGAUGUGUACAGCGCCGAAGAAUUGGCAUUGCGCGAGAAAGCAGUGCAGGAGGUAGAGCGUCUCCAAGAGCUUGACAGACUCGUUCCUUCUUUCCACAAUGUCGUCUCGCUCGCGAGCAUGGAUUUCCAGCUUGCGCUUACGUUCGCAAACCUGCGUCCGAUUAAUUUGAACCUCUUUAUGGAAUAUACCCGCGAGGGCAACUUUACCCCUGUGCGCAUUGGCGCAUUCAACGCCUUGCUGUUGCUACAUGGCCUGCAGCACAAGGUUCUUGCGCGUUACUACUUUUCCGUGCUUACCUCCGAUGAAAACGACAGGGUCAAGUUACACAUCGCGCGCGGUCUCUGCGACGCACUCGCUGUGGCGAUCAGUACGGGAGAGUUAGGCUACUCAAAGCAGCGCACAGAGCCUCUGGAUGCGCUGCAGGAAGGCGAGAACGAAACACCAAUGGAUAUCGUGGGAAAGCAGGAUAUACUGCGCGCCGAAGAAGACGCAUUUUACGACAGCAUGAUCCGUUUCUUGCGCCGCGAGAUCGGGCGCUCUGCGUCUGUGCGGGAAGGAUUUCUAGCGGCGUUUAGCACUGCACGCGACCAGCCGCUAGUGCGAAGCGCCUUGUUGCACCUUGCAGAGCUCUUGUUCAAGCCAGCAGAAGAGUCUCGCUUGCCUGUUGAGCGAACAGCGCCCCAAGCAGCCGACGAAGUAAGUGGGCCAGCAGCUGUCGAGCAUACGGGAGCAAUGCGCAUCAAAUUGAUGAUCAAAAAUGCACCGCAGGCACCGGCGCCGCCCAAGAAUAAUGGCAAGGCGCAAGCACUCCGUGUCGUGCUUCCCAAAGCGCCUAAACCAAAAAAGGUCAACCCUGGCUUGGCGCUCGGCAUGACGUCGUCCGAUUUGACUGCGUGCAGGAAUUGCAUCAACAAAUUGCUGGAUAACCCUCACUGCGACCCAUUUAUUAGACCCGUCGAUCCUGUGCGGGACGAAGCGCCAGAUUACUUUGAGGUUAUCAAGGAGCCGAUGGACCUUAGCUCCGUCUCAAACAAACUCGAGUCGGGCCAGUACAAGGACCGCUUUGCGUUUAAGGACGAUGUGGAGCUUAUUUUCAAGAACGCGAAAACGUAUACGCCAGACCCGAAAGCUUGGAUUCACUACGAAGCCUCGCGCUCAGAAAGCACCUUUCGCCGUACAUGGAAUCGGAUUACGAAAACACUUGAGCUGGCUGCAGCGCGUGCGGCUGUGCGACAGGCCGAGCAGGAUGCGGAUGCCAAGACAAUGGACGAAGCCGAAGACGCUGCUGACGAUUCGCCAGACGAAGAAGCUGCGCCGAAACGCGUGCUGAAAAUAAAGGGCGGUGCGAAAGCAGAAGCAUCGGCGGAUGCGACCAAACGACGCACCAUCAAGCUAAGCAUUGGCGGAAAGCGAGCCACCGAGUCGCAAGACAUGCAAGAAACAGAGGUCAAGCGCCCCAAGGCCGACACGGCAAAAACAUUGACAUCGCCUGCCGCGGCGGCAGAGGCAGAGUCGGUUGCCACAGAUGUGCCGCUUGCAGGCGAGAUGGAUGUGCCGCUGCAAAUGAAAAAGGUGCGCGCUGUGUUACAGGCCAUCAAAAAGACCAAGGAAGCGGCUAUUUUCUUGCGUCCCAUCGACCCCGUCUUGGACGGUGCGCCGACGUACUACGACGAAAUAAAACACCCCAUGGAUCUCGGUACCAUGGAGCGCAAGCUGAAUGAGGGUGCUUACAAUGUCAUGGGUGACUUUGCUGCGGAUAUGCGGUGUAUGCUUGCCAACUGCCGCCAGUUCAAUCCCCCAGGCACGAUUCCCGCACAGAUGGAAGCGGCGGUGGCACGCAUUUGGCGUCGCGAAUGGAGUCGCGCAAUGGUACGCAAACUGGAUCACAAAGACAAGCGCGCAUUCCAGGCGAUGAUCAGUCGCUUGAAACAGCAGCCUAGCAGUGCGUUGUUCCUCUAUGCAGUCGACCCUGUCGCCCUCGGCAUUCCGCACUACUUUGACGUGGUGCCCAAGGAAAACGCGCGUGAUUUGACGCUCAUUGGCGAGAAAUUGCGCGCGGACAAGUACGAAAGCAUUGAUGCUCUUGACGCGGAUAUCCGACUUAUGCUUACGAAUGCGUACACCUUCAACGCACACGAUGCUCGUGUUGUUGAAGUGAUUCAAGCGUUUGAACGCGUGUACAACAGUGAAAUUCAUAGCUUGCAGCGGUCGGGCUUCGCGGGUGCAGAAGUGCCGGAACUAGAGGUGGCGGUGACGUACCCGGACAGCCCUUCUUCGUUGGUGAGCAACGGUAUGCUAAACAGGGUUGUGUUCUCGGUUGUAGAGGUCAACGAAGCUGGCCGAAACGCGGUCAUCGAAUCUAUUACGGGCGCAUUCCUUAACCCGUCCAAGAAGGAUGGCCAUAAGAGCCGUGUUUUGCGCAACCGACUUUCGUUGGCCAACCAGGGUGAGCCGAUGCAAAUUCCCUAUGAUUUCUACUCGGAAGUGAAGCCAGAAGAGGUCGAAAUCGAGUUUCGGUUUAACUUGGAGGAUGCGGAUGCCAAGAAGCACAAUGUCCUUGUGCACCAGGGUAUGGUCACGGUAGUUGAGCCAAAGCACUCGCUGCUCGACAUUGAACUCCUCCUCGUUUUUAUUCUCAUUGCCUCUGUGGUGGGUGGCAUCAUUUAUCUUAUUUAUCCCUCUGUGAUUGUACCGCUCCUCAAGCGUAACAAUUACCUCCCUCGCAAAGACUUUAGGCCGAAACCUGUAGCCAGGUCUUCCGGUGCUGAUAACAUUGAGGAAUGGCUGCCACAGAAGCAGAACAAGAAAAAGAAAUAG